ACGUCAUAUCACAGAUUCUGCCCACUUUGCACCGCGGAACCACACUGGCCAAAAUCGUAAAGCGAUGGAAAGAAGCAGCAUCUCGGCCGGCGCACAGACCACAUCCAUGCCUGUUGCGCACCAGCUCAGCUGCUCCACCAUAGAUGCUCCCCAGUUUCAUGGUAAUAUGGAAGGGCAGUGCGCCGGGUCCUCCAAAGUAUUACUAGCUUACAAGAACGCGUCGCAGCGCCUGAGUUCAUCCGGAAUUAAAGCGGGUUUGGGAAUACUUAAAGUGGCCUCAUUACAGUGGAAACAGGAAAAGAAGACGCGCUCAGGGUCAAGCGUAAGACAACUGUCCACAGUCAACAACAGCCACCCCUGCAAGAGAUCCCCGCUGGACCAGCUGGCAGCUCUGGUUCUGCACGGUCAGUCCCGGGACCGCCAGAUUGCCCAAGAGCCAGCACCGACCAAGCCACAGAACUGUAAGCGCAUCGUCGUUCUUGGUGCGCCACGGGUCGGCAAGACAUCCAUCCUCAGAAGAUACCUCCGGGACGGAUUUGUGGAUGAGUACAAUCCUACCUCCGAGGAUUUCCUCAGGAAGCUGUUUCGUAUUCGCGGAGAGACCUACCAAAUUGACGUCCUGGACGCGUCCCGAGAACGGGAUUUCCCAGCCAAGCGGCGGCUGUCUAUCCUCACUGGAGACAUAUUUCUUCUAGUAUUCAGUCUAGAUGACAGGAGCUCCUUCGAAGAAGUGUGCACUCUGCGAACGGAAAUUCUGGCCGCUAAAUCCAAGCUUACCAAAUCCUCUGUGCCAGAGCAGUGCGCACAGCAGCAGGUUCCCCUCGUGGUCUGCGCCAACAAGGUGGAUCUCCAGGAGUCUGAGAGAGAAAUAUCCAAAGCAGAGGUGCUCCAAGCUUUCGGUUCU